AUGGAGCAAGAUCCGACCAAAAACAACGCAGCUGCUCAAAGGAAGAUGAAAUUUGCUCCAAAAGCACCUCCUCGUCGUAUACCAAAGACUGAAGUCAAAGCAGAAGUAUCAGAGGCUGCUGAUGCUGCUCAAGCCAGGGAUCUACUAAAACGCUUCAAUGAAACUACCCAGAGGGCAAAGCAAAAAGUUGGAAAAAAAGCGGCACCUACACAAGUUGCAUUUGGUACUGGAGGCACAUCAAGCUCCUUAAGAACAUAUGGUUUUUCAAAAGCUGGAAAUAAACUAAAAAAUGAAGAUGGAACUCUUCCCUCUAGUACAGGCAAGGAGUAUGUAGAACCGUGGGAUUAUUACAGUUAUUAUCCUGUAACUCUUCCUUUACGGAGACCAUAUUCAGGAAAUCCAGAUUCUCUUAACGAGUAUGAAUUUGGAGAGGCUUCAGAAUCCAGAACCUAUGAUGAAAAUACAACAACUCCUGCAAUGGAUCUUGGUUUACUGGAGGAUAAUCAAGAAACAAACAUCUUUUUUCUACAAUUACCACCUAUGGUGCCUGUGACAGAGCAAUCUUCUACUGCCGAAGUCAUGGAAGCAGCCAACAGCUUGGAACAAAAUAAAGGUUCACAACCUCCACAGAAAACUUGCACACUGAAUGAGUUUCCUUCUGGCUCCAUGGGUAAAUUGCUUGUGUAUAGGAGUGGUGCUGUCAAGUUAAAGCUCGGCAACAUCGUAUACGAUGUUUCUUCUGGAAUGGAUUGUGGCUUUGCACAAGAGCUUGCAGCUAUCAAUGUGGAAGGGAAGCGUUGCUGCAUUGUUGGGGAGCUCAGCAAGCGCGCCGUUUUAACACCAGAUGUGGACUCCAUGUUGAAGAACAUCGAGGAUUUAUGA